UAUGUACCUGAAUUAAACAAAAAGAAAAGAAAUGCUAGUCCCUACUUGCUCAGUCGCUCAACCUCUCUAUCGUCUCGCUCCGCUGCACCCGCGCCGCCGUUCAUCCCGCCCACCUCCCGCAUCGCCGCCUCCCCCUUCCUCAGUCCUGACGCCCCAUCUCCACUAUUACGCCCCUUUCCAAAAAUCCCGUCGACAGUUGGCUCUGUUUGAUACCGAGGCAUAACCAAAGUCCCUCUACUCAUUUGAUUGAGUUGAAACUCGAAUGCUUGUGGUUCGCAAAAUCCCUGCCCUCGUCACUGGCACGUCCACGAGCACAUUGUCUUUUAUCCGGACCCUGACCUCUGGAGCCAGUUUAUUUUGUAACAACGAUGGUGGUGGUGGAAGUAUUAGAGGCUUGCCCAACGAUGACUACUUUGCUACGAUUCACCACAUAUCCAACAUUGUGCGACGUGAUAUAUACAUGGAGCGCACCCUCAAUAAGAUGCGUAUAUCAAAGAUUGUAAACUCAGAGCUAGUUUAUCGUGUCUUCCGUAGCUGCUGCAACUGUGGGAUAGAAUCUUUUCGCUUCUUCAAUUGGGCAAGGACACACCACCCAAAUUAUGAGCCUACCACCGUUGAGUUUGAAGAGCUCCUCAAAAUCUUAGCUCGAAACCGCAAUUGGGAGACCAUGUGGAAGGUAGCAGGAACUAUGAAAGCACAGAACUUUGCUAUAUCUCCAUCGGUUGUCUCUUUCAUUAUCGAGCAAUAUGGUAAAAAUGGUCUCAUAGAUCAAGCCGUCGACCUUUUUAACGGCCUCAAAAACUUUGAUUGUCCGCAGACGACUGAAGUAUACAACUCCUUGCUUUUUGCUCUAUGUGAGGUUAAGAACUUCCAAGGGGCGUAUGCUUUGAUAAGGAGAAUGGUUCGAAAAGGGACCGUUCCUGAUAAGCGAACCUAUUCGGUUCUUGUUAACGCGUGGUGCUCGGCAGGGAAGAUGAGAGAGGCUCAGGAAUUCUUGGAGGAGAUGAGUAAAAAGGGGUUCAAUCCUCCUGUCCGCGGCCGAGAUUUGCUGGUAGAUGGACUACUAAACGCAGGGUAUCUCGAAUCAGCUUUAGGGCUGGUUCGGAAAAUGACCAAGGAAGGCUUCGUGCCAGAUGUAGGCACGUUCAAUUCGUUGGCAGAAGCUCUAUGCAAUUCUGGCCAGAUCGACUUCUGCAUCGAUCUUUUUCAUGAUGUUUGUGGACUCGGGUUUUGUCCCGACACGAGCACUUACAAGAUCAUGAUAACUGUGACGUCGAAAGUUGGAAAAGUUGACGAGGCUUUUGCAUUACUUCAUAGGUCCAUCGAGAAUGGUCACCGUCCGUUUCCCAGCUUGUAUGCUCCAAUCUUGAAAGCUCUUUGCCGGAAUGGACAGUUUGAUGAUGCGUUCAGUUUUUUCUCUGAUAUGAAGGUGAAAGGCCAUCCCCCAAACCGUCCCGUGUAUACUAUGCUUAUAAAAAUGUGCGGACGUGCUGCUAGAUUCGUCGAGGCUGCCAAUUAUUUGGUGGAGAUGACUGAGUUAGAUCUGUUACCUAUGCCACAAAGCUUUGAUAUGGUUUCUGAUGGCUUAAAGAAUUGUGGCAAACACGAUUUAGCCAAACGAAUCGAACAGUUAGAGAUAUCUGCCCGGGGCCUCUGAUUCAUCGACUUCUAACACCUACUUCUUCUUGCUCUUUGUGGAUUUAGGUCAUCCAAAGAAGCCAAGAAUCGCAGUUUGGGCCCGACCGCCAUGUGAGCUGCGGUUAGCACAAGGGUGUUGCUUAGAUCACAAAUCUUGAUGUUCAACGACUUUAUUCUUCCCAACUAAUCGUUUGUGAUAUCAGAGAGUUGAUGGCCGAGAUUCGUUGUCUGCCACAAGCGGCAAUGGACCAUGCUUAUCACCAUCCAGUCCACACUUUUGAGCUAGCAGAGACCCCCCUCCUUCACUCCCCCUUUUUUGCCUUUAGCCUUUGCGUAGAACUUGCAACUCAAGAUGUAUAGCAACAAAUAUCUGACGAAAUACAAGUGACAGCUUUUUA